AUGGUUGAGUUACAGAUCAUUCUUGACAAAAGCAGCCGGCUUACGGGCCGACAACACACUAGCGAGCCCAUUAGCGGCAGCGUCCACGUUUCCAUCGCUGAUUCUUUCUCAGUGGACUACAUCGAGGUGAGGCUCGAAGGCGUAGCCAAAACCAAAGUCAAGGUCCGUGAGAAGCACAAAAAUACCACCAGAGACAAGGUUUCGACCGAAGAGCACCGAUUAUUGUACCACACCACUGUUGUGUUUCCCCCUGCAAACAUCCGGGCUGUGUCUUCCCCAAAGACACAAUUCACGCUUACCCCGGGGAGUCGCCAGUACCCGUUUCGGUUCGUAAUUCCCCACGACAACUCCAGCGAGAUUGAUCUCGCAAAGGCGCACAAAACCUCAGGUCACAAGCCUUGCUUCUUGCCCCCGACCUUACCCCCUACCGUACUUGAGGCGAACAGGCGGGGCGAUCUGCUGGCAGAAGCAGAGAUUGUCUACUAUGUGAAGGUGGUCUGUAAACGCAAGGGCCUCUUCCAGUUAAGCGCCACGAAGGAAGUGACCUUUGACUUCUUGCCGGUAGAUAUUGACAGAGACACAGACGGCAGUUGUCUAGUUCUCGCCAAAGACCAUAUUUUCAGAGAAAAGGCGCCGUUGCUUGUCGCCGUUGACGAGCGAGAAGAGGCGUAUAAGGAGUUGCAGGCGCCCCAAACGUUUCUCUUUACAACCAUGUUUUCCUCGAACGCCAACAGGGAGCUAGCACGCGAGUACUCUCUCCACAUCAAGGACGUUGCGGUUCAGUUGCAGGUGCGGUACAUCGACAUGCCUGGAGCACGCUCCGGAUCUGCAGACAAUUUCUCCGUGUACGUCACCACUACUCUACCUCCCUCCAUGUUCAAGCUCAGCAAUGGUGAGUCUUCGGGCUUGGGACAAGUGUUUUUGAGCAAGAUGAAGAUGAUACUAACCGGGACAACGUGGGUGAAAGCAGGCGAAAGCUCCCACCAAGGGUCCACCACCUGGCCGCUUGCUUGCUUUGAGGGCUUGCACCGCUUUGAUCUUGCUGAUGCCGUGGAAUCGCCGCUUGAGCACGGGGUGUAUGAAGUGCUCGUUCCCCAUGAGUUGUACAGAGAGGUGGGAAGCCGUACGCUGUACCCUGACAUGGUGCCCAGUUUUGACGUUUGCAGCAUCAGACGAUGGUACACGUUGCAGGUGACGGCUGAGUUUAAGGCCACUGCCAACGAGACGGGCUGGUUCUUUGGCUUGAUAAGCUGGAAUAAGGUGACGUUGGACCGUCGCUUGACGCUUUGGAGCGGUCUCGGCUUGGAUGGCCUGGUUCCGAGUGAAGAGAUUGAGAUAGAGCGUAGGCCCUUCCCUGGAAGGCUCAACAAUGAGGGAUUUUCUCAGGAAAAAGGCAAGGUUGGAAAGGAGUCUCAAAGCGAGUCUCUUAUCGUGUAUGGCGAGCUGGAGUCUUGGAACUCGGAGGCUACCGAGGGGCCCGCGCCACCAGCUUACAGCACAGUUUUGGAACCUCCAGAGUCCGAUCCGGGAUCUAUGGAGUAG